AUGGAUAGUGUUCUUUCUAUGGCGACCACGUCAGCAAGCCUGACAUCCCAGUCCGCAAUUGGGCUUAAAAAUAAGCCUUCAACUUCUGGAUUUUCCGGAGGACUACGAUCUGCGCCGUUGAGGUUUUCCCCAUCUCACGGCCAGCGUUUCAGCAAGCGAGCAGGAAGGUCUAGCCUUGCCACUAGGGCCGUGUUCGAUCCGCUGCAUUUAGACGCCGCGAUUUCCACCCUUACUUCCCACAAUUUCCUCUACGCCGUUGCCGAUGCGGCGGACGCGGCGGCAUCCGCGGCCGCUGACGUGUCAACCGCCGUGGCGGCUGUAGCAGCUGACGCGGCGGCGUCUGGCGGAGACGCAGCGGCUGCUGCGGCUUCCGAUGGAGGCUGGUUCGCUGGGCUCGCGAACGUUUUGGAGAGCAUCUUGAAGGUGUUGGAGCAAGGACUGGCGUCGGUGAACGUGCCGUACGCGUACGGGUUCUCCAUCAUCCUGCUCACGCUGCUCGUCAAAGUCGUCACCUUCCCGCUCACCAAGCAGCAGGUGGAGUCAACGAUGGCGAUGCAGAACCUCGCGCCCAAGGUCAAGGCCAUUCAAACCAAAUAUGCCGGCGACCAGGAGCGCAUUCAGCUGGAGACAUCGCGUCUCUACAAGCAGGCUGGUGUCAACCCACUUGCCGGGUGCCUGCCGACGCUAGCCACUCUGCCAGUCUUCAUCGGACUGUACCAGGCACUCAGCAACGUCGCCAAGGAGGGAGUGCUCACGGAGGGUUUCUUCUGGAUUCCCUCUCUUGCCGGCCCCACCUCCAUUGCUGCUCGCGACAGCGGCUCAGGCAUCUCUUGGCUCUUCCCCUUCAUUGACGGGGUCCCACCUCUUGGAUGGGAGGCAACAGCAGCCUACCUGGUGCUGCCGGUGCUGCUGGUGGCGUCGCAGUUCUACGCCAUGCAGAUCAUGCAGCCGCCCCAGAGCGACGACCCAGCACAGAAGAACACACAAGUGAUCCUCAAGUUCCUGCCUCUCAUGAUUGGCUGGUUCUCCCUCUCAGUCCCCUCCGGUCUCUCCCUUUACUGGUUCACCAACAACCUGCUCAGCACGGGGCAGACCAUCUACCUGCGCAAGAUGGGCGGCGCCACGCCCAAGGUGGCAGCUGGGGGGGGCGACAUCAUCGACGUGGGGCAGGCCAAGCGCUCCGCCGCCUCUUCCGUCGUAGCCACAGAACAGGACAAAGAGAAGCUGCGCGGUGAACAGUUCCGCAAGCAGAAGGAGACGGACGCCGCCCGCCGGGCGGCCAAGCGGGCGGCCGAGGAAGCGGCGCGGGCGGCGGAGGAGAAGGCGGCGAGGGAGAAGGCACGGCUGGAGCAACUGAGGGCGGAGAUUUCGGGAGAGGGGGAGGAGGAGGUGGCAGUGGUGGAAGCUGAGGUGGUCUCUGUAGCUGAGAAGAACGGAGCAGCAGCAGGGGAGUCCAAGCCAGUAGUUCCGGAAGUACCCAAGGCUGCAGUGGCGCCAUCAUCAGGAACACCACGCCGCAGCCGUCGAUCUCGUAGGACCCGGAAGGCGACCCCUCAGUAG